AUUUAAUCCAACUGCUGACAUGGAACUAUUUUGUGUGUUUUGUGUAAAAAUUUGUACAUAAUUUUUUUUGUUUGUAUAAUUAAAUAAAAAUUUAAGUAGUUUUUUAUUUCUUUUUUUCUAAUUCUAAUGAAUUUACAAAACGUGCAUUUAAUAAAAAUUGAAAUUGAAAAAACGAAAGUGAAUUUAUUACUUUGUUUAGAAAAAUAGAAUUGAAAUUGAAGGAAAGCAGCAGAAAAAAAAAAUACGAAAAAAUGUCUCAACACGAAUUAGAGGAGCACCCCCAACAACAACAACAAUCGGAUAUUACAAGUUUGCAAGAAAAUUUCAGUAAACAGCAAGAAAAAAUAUCCGCCCUAAAGGAGCUCGUACGAAAAUCCGAAGUAGCACAUGGGAAAUCAACUUCCUCGGCCCAAGAGAAAGUUAAGAAUAUUGCCCUACGACUAACAAAUUUGAAAUCGAAAGCCCGAUCACGUCAGAACCUAGACUCGUCUACCACAUCUCUUAACGAAUCACAAUUCCAAUCACAAGAGAACUUGUAUCUUUUACAAUCACAAUGUAGCACAACAACAGAUGCUGGAGGUGGUGGAGGUGGCUUCAUAGAAACCCCCCAAAGACCUCUAUCAGCUCGCAUUGAAACACCUGGCAGUGAGAAAAUCCUUCUUCUCCGCAAACAAAUGGAAGAGAAUAAAGUCAAAAUGGCUGAGCGAGAGCAUAGCAAGCGAGAAAUUGAACAUAUGGUCACUCAGCUGAAGGCAAAGUUCGAUACAACUCAACAAUGUUUGGAGCAUUCUUCUGAACUGGGUCGUUCAAUGGGCGAUCUGAGUAAUCUGUCUUACAGUUCAGUUGGAAGCAAAGUCAGAUCUGCAACAGAUUUAGCUUCAGCGCCGUUUAAUCUGGACAAAGAGCGCAUAAAGUUCUUGGAUAAUCGAGUUCGCUUGCUUGAGAAGCAACUGGAAAAGGAAAAAACUUCUUCAGAUGCCUCUAAGCGAGUUAAAGAACUUGAAAAUAAAAUUCUAGAAUUAGAAGAGAGUUUACUAGAGAAACGAACUCGGGAUUUGGUUGCUACUUUGAAUGAUCAUGAAGUUGAAGAAAGUUGGCAAAUUGAAAAUGAUCGUUUAAAGACAGAAUUGGAAGAAAAGUCUAAACGUAUUCUUCAUCUAGAAGAAGUGACUGACAUCCUUGAAACAACCAAAUGUGAUUUGACCGAGAAAACCCAAGAACUUGAAGCUAAACUUAAAGAAUCUGAAACAAAUAGCAAGAAACUUGAAGAAAAACUUGAAACGCUCAAGUCUACUGUUGAUAGUCAAAAGUUUGAAAUGAUUCCUGAAGCAGAUAUUGAUCGUCAAGUUGAACAAGAAUUGCUCAAGCAAGUACAUCAGCUUGAGUCAAAGAUAAAAGAACUGGAAGAUGAUAAUGAUGAACUUCGUCAAGAGAACGAAAAUCUUCAAGAAGUCAAUAAAGCAGAAAGAGGCGAUGAUGAGACUGACAGUCUACAAGCCACAGUUGAGUCUCAAAGAGAAGACAUUAUGACUCAUAUUGAAAGAGUCAAGGAAUUGGAAGAAGAGCUCAUGGAAAAGACCAUUGAAUUGAAUGUUCUCAAUGCCAAUUUCGCAGUUCUAGAGGAAAAGCUUAAAGUUCCAAGUCGAAAACCCUUGUUUGCAACACUGAGUGAUGGAGAAGUAUCAUCGCUAAAAGACGAAUUGGAAGAGACAAAGAAAACGGCCAAACAUCUAGAGAAACAGCUAAAUGAGUUUAAGAGAAUGUCAGACAUGCAUGCAUCCGUCGUGGAAUUGACAGACGAAAAUGAGGAACUCCAACAGCGAAUCACUGAACUGGAAGACGAAAAGGGUCAACUUCUAUUAAAAAUGGAAAGUGGCGAACACACAACAAUUGUAACCGAAAUCGAAAUUGAGAAAAAGAUUGAAUACCUUGAAGCAACUUGCCAAAACCAAACAUCUGCCAUUCAAUUGCUAGAAGAACAAAAAAUCGAUAUGACCGAAGAUCUUGAAUCGACAAAAUCUGAACUAGAAUGCGCCAGAGUAGUUUCUGAAAUGGAAUCAAUUCAAUUAGAAGAACAAGUCAAUACAAAUCUUCAGAAAAUUGAAGAACUUCAAAGAGAAAAUGUCGAUUUGACACAUAUUGUUGAAGAAUUACGCGAAGAAAAGAGUUCACUUGCCAAAAAAAUGGAACAAUAUGUUGCCGAAAAUAUGGAACUUUUAGACAAAAUUGAGAAACUCAGUAAAUCCAGUUCAUCAGCUGAGUCGAUAGAAAUUGUUGAGCGACUGACCCAGCAAGAUCGCCUGGAAAUUGAAGCCUUUAAUAAGCGUGUAGAGCAAGAAGAAGCCCGAUUAAUGAUGACUGAAGGUUCAACAAUUGGUCAACAAUCAAUGGAUCCAGAACUAACUGAUAGUCUGGUAAAACUUAAAGAAGAGAGUUCUGAAUUGAUGCAUAAAAUCGAACUUUUUACCACUGAACGCAAAGAAGUUCUCGAGAAAAUGGAAUCGAUUACAGCUGAGAAUCAAGAACAUUUGAAGAAAAUCGAACAGUUAUCUGUUGAGAAGUUGGAAUUAGAGAAAUCAAAUGAAGCAGCUAAUUUCCAAAAAGAAGCUCUGCAAAAGAAAUUCGAUGAUGCAAAUUCAGAGAAAGAAUCAAUUCGUAGGGAAAUUAGAGAAGUUUCAGAGGAAAAAACUAAAAUUACUGCUGAAUUGAAUAGUAUGAUUAAAGCAGCUUCAUUAACGGCUCCCAGUGAUGGUAAAGAUUUGCUUGAUAAAUGCGAAAAAAGUCUUGCCAAGCUUAAUACAGAAUUGGAGGCUUAUAGAAAGGCAAAUGAUAAGAAUGCCAAAUUCAAUGCAUCUAAAAAGCUUUCCAAAGAAGCAAAGAACACUCAUCAGCAAUUGACAGAACUUUUGCAAAAGGUUAAAACUGCUUCAACUGAGGCAGCAGCAGCAGUGUCACCAGUUGUCGAUGACGCUAAGGUUGCUGAACUUCAAUCAGAUAUUGCUGAUCUUCGAGAAAAGCUUUCAACUGCUGCAAUUGCAUCGGAAGAUAAAGACACUCAAAUCUCACGACUCAAUGAGGAGAUAGUUUCUCUGAAAUCAAUGUCAGAACAAUUUGAUAAAUUGAUAAACGACAAAGAAAUGGCUCAUGAAAAGCAAAUUGAAAAUUUAACCCGCCUUCGUCGUGAACUUGAAGCCAAACUUGAAACCUCCGAGGCUGAAAUGAAGAUUCUUCAAGACUUGAUUGCCGAACAAAAACAACAACUAAUUGAAGCCUAUACAGAUAGUGAGAAUGAAAUUGCCAAGAGAAUCGAAGAACUCAAUGCUCGUGAUGAAGAAGUUUCUAAUCUCAAAUCCGAAUUGAAGGCUCUGAAAGAGAAUAGCGGUCAAGUUGGUCAACAAUUUUCCAACGAUCUUCAGCUUGAAGUGGAUAAACUGCGUGAAGCUUUGUCUAUCAAUAAGAGUCUUCUUACUGAACAAAUUGAUGAUCUCACAAACAAGCAAGAAACUAUUGAGACUCUAAAUGCCCAAAUAAUGGAACUUUACAAAACAAUGGAAGAAAAUGCUGAAAAAGUAAUUGAAAAAGAAGAUGAAAUUGCUCUCGUUCAAGAACAACUCGAUGCCAAUAAAGUUAAAAUAGAACAGCUUACCAAAGAAAAUGAAGAACAAAAUCAAGUUGUUGAUAAAUUAUUGCUCGAAUUGCAUUCACAAAAAACUCAUUUAGAAAAAUUAACCCAAUUGCCGAUAUUGGAGGAAGAGAAUGCUAAGCUUAGUGAAGAAAAUCAAACACUUGAAGAGAAUCUACAAAUUGCCGAGCUUAGAACAAGUCAAUUAGAAAAAACUGUAAAGGAUUUAGAGCAAAAGAAUAAAGAACAGCUGGAUAAACUUAAAAAAUAUGCCGCAAACUUGAAGAAAAAGGUUACCCAAUGCCAAGAAUUUGAAGCUAAAAUAAAGAAUCUAGAAAAAGGUGCUCUUGAUGCUAAGGCUCAGGAAAAGAAUCCUCUAAUUGAUACAUUACAAAAUCAAUUAGAAGAAAAAACUACCCAAGUUCAGUCACUUCAAGAAGAAUUCAACCAACAGAGGAAGCAUUUUGAAGAAUGUGUGCUCAAAGUACAGGAAGCUUUGGAUGGUGUACAACAUGAAAUGACGUCAUUGCGAGAACAAUUGCAUGAAAAAACGAUGCAAGUUGAAGAAUUGCAACUUGCACUCAUUGAGAAGAGUCAAGAUCAACCUGAUUUUGAAAGUAUGCAAGAACAACUCCGUCAAUAUCAUAAUUUAAUAAAUGAAAGAAAUGCCAAAAUUGAUGAGCUGAAUGACAUUAUUGAAUCAGCAGAACCAUACCAUGAUGAUUUAAACAACCUCCGUGAAGAGCUGAAGCAAAAAAAUAUCACAAUUGCUCAGCUGAAUGAAACUAAUGUUAUACUACAAGGUCAUUUAAAUGAUGCCCAGCAACGUCAAUUCACAACAAACAUGGCUGGCUUAGAUUUACAGCGCUUACAAGAUGAAAUAAGAAAUCUACAAAAUCUCUUGAAUGAGAAAAAUGCAAAGAUCGAUGAGUUGAAUGAGCAAAUUGCCGAAUCAAAACCACUCCAAGCCGCCGAAGAACUUCGAAAUCUACACAAUUUGAUAAAUGAAAGAAAUUCCAAGAUUGACGAGCUGAAUAACAUAAUUCUUGCAGCAGAGCCUUAUUAUGAAGAAUUACAACUACUCCGUGAACAGCUGAAUGAAAAAAACACUGCAAUCAAGGAGCUGAAUGAACAAAAUCUUGCUCUACAGCUUGUUCCAAAUACAUGUCCACAAAUUGUUUCCCUUCAAGAUGAAUUAAGAAAUCUACAAAACUUGCUGAAUGAAAAGAAUGCUAAAAUUGAUGAACUUCGUGAACAAAUACUAGAAGCUCAACCAUUCCAAGAUAAUCAAGAGGCCCUUAGAAAUCUUCAUAAUGAGCUGAAUGAGAAGAAUGCCAAGAUUGAUGAGCUGAAUGAUAUAAUUCAUGAAGCAGAACCUUACCAUGCAGAACUACAACAGCUGCGUGAACAACUUGUUGAGAAAAAUACCGCUAUCAAUGAACUGAAUACACAAAUUUUCAUGGCCAAUCAACAAAAUGAUUCGAAUAUUCAACUUGUAACUGAAUUAACAUCGAUUCGGGAACAACUCAAUGCAAAGGAGAAGGAGAUCGAGAAACAAAAUAAAAUACUUGAUAGCACCGAAGAGCAACUAAGCUCACUGCAAGAAGAGCUAGAUCAAAAGAACGAGCAAAUUCAGCAGCUGAAUGGGCAAUUGAAUAGUAUUCAGGUCCCAACUGGAGUGUCUCUAGAUGAGAUCAAACUCAAAGACGCUAAAAUCGAAGAGCUUACAAAAGAAUCCAAGGCAAAGAGUGUUAAAUUUGAAAAGUCCAAAGCAGUUAUUAAAGAGAAAAAUAAAGAAAUUCAGCGACUUAAUCAGCUUUUAAGUAAAGAAGUUGAAGAAGGAAAUAUUGCACCAACAACUGCACCUACACAACUUCAAGCAGCUCCUCAACCCCAAGUGGACACAAAAGCCACCUCAGCUGAAUUAGAAGAACUAAGAAAUGAAAAUACAAAAAUGCGUGUUGAAGCUGCAGUAGAACGAGCAACAUUCCAAGAGACUAUAGCUCGCCUAGAAACAGUUCACGAUGGAAUUCAAGCAAAACUUCAAGAAGACAUGAGCUACAUCGAAACUCUCGAGCAAGAAAAUAACAAUUUUAAAGAGAAAAUCUGUCGAUUAGAAGAGUGUGUUGCUAUGUUCGAAGAGCGUCGCUCAUCAAUGGAGCGCAGGGCAAAUCUACUUGAUGCUCAACUACAAACGCGUACCGAUGAACAUGCUAAAGUUGAAGAUGAAUUGGUUUAUCGCCUCAAUAUGCUCUCUGAUCAUGAUGAUAUCAUUGGUCAGCGUUUGUUUGAGGCUCAAGAAGAAAAUGAAGUCCUUUCCAAUCGCUUGGAAACUCUUCGCACAGAGCAUUCAGCACUUGUUGCAAAUUAUGCUAAACUUGAAAAAGAAUAUGCAGGAUUUAAAGAACAUACCAAAAACACUCUGGAAGCUGAUAAUCAAUCAUUGAAGACUCAGGUGGCAACUCUUGAUGCUGAAAUGAAGCGUUUACGUGGAGUUUUUGAAACUCAACUGGCAGCUAAAGACUCUGAAAUCGAUGAGCUGGAGAAUGAUUUGAGCGAACAGUUGCGUGUGAUUAAUGACGAGAAACGUCUCCUCACCGAAGAAUUAGAAAAAACCAAGGAUGAAAUCAGUGAACUUAAAGAUGAACGUGUUCGUCUGAAUGAGACCAUGAAUUCUCUCGAACAAGCCAAAUCAGAUUUGGAGCGAGAAUCCACUUGGAUUAAGAUGCAAAAUGAAAAUCUAUCACAAGAUCAAUUCGAGCUACAAGAACUGCGAAUGCAGUCGAUGCAAGAUAGAACAGAGCUUGAGAAUCUUAAACACCAAAUCGACACAUUGGUGCAGAAUCAUGAAAUCGAGCUGAAUGCUUUACGUACGCAAAUCUCCGAACUAGAUUCGAUGCGAAUGCAAGUGGGACAAAAUCAAACAGACGAUCAGGUAUUUAUCGAGACAGAAAACAAGCGUCUGACUGAUCUGCUGGCAGAAAAGGAAUCUAUAAUCGAGAACUACCAACGACAGAAUCUUCAACUCCAAAUGAAUGCUUUGGCAGCUCGGCAACAGCCAGUCGAUCCAUUUGCAAGUCUAACUCAAUCCGAUGACAAUGCUCAAAUGACUAAUUUGAGAGAAAAAUGUGAUCGUCUGGAAAGAGAAUUAAAUGAGAAACAAAGAGAAAUCGAGCAAAUGAGAAUGGAACAUCAUCAACAAGUUGUUGUACCUCCACCGUUGGCAUUCUUUGGAGCUGAGCAAGCAAUGCCAUCUGUUUUUGAUGAGAUUGUAACAACUCGUCAUGUUGAUGGUCUCCAUGGAGCUGCACCCAGUCGAGCAAUGGCUCCUCCUCCACCUUCUUCGUUUGAUGAAGAACCCGCUGGCAACCAACAAACCAUCGAAGAUUUGCAAAGAAACGUUUCCGAUUUGGAGAAACACGCUCAAGACUUGGAGAACAAACUUGUCCACCGCACUGCCGCUCAUGAAGAUAGCUUGCGGCAACUUGAAGAAAUUAAACGGACAUUUGAAAUCCGCAUGCGAGAAUAUGAAGAUCGCAUUAGAGAUCUUGAACUUCGCCAAGACACAAAAGCAAUUGAUUGUCAAAUUAUUUCAGCAGCUGAACAACAAGUGCCUUCACUGAAUAUGUUCUUCCAAGGAGCUGCUGAACAGUCGCCCUUUGAAAGUAUAAUUAUUCCUCAAGUUUCAAGUGAACCUGUGGUUGAAGAAAUGAUUGUUCCCACAAAAGCUUAUGACUGUCAUCCACAGGAACAACAACUUGAACUUGAUGAAGGUUGGGGAUGGGGUUCAGAUGAAGCUGCCCUUGAAGCUAAACACUUUGCCGCAACUAGCAGUGCUGCCUCCUCACUUCUGCCUCCACAACAACAGAUGGAGCUAAAAUUACAAGAACAUCAAGAUCGUAUUCAAGAGCUUGAACUUGAACGUGAUCGUUUAGUUCAGCAAAAGCAGGAUAUGCAAGUGAAGUCUGGCAAACUCAUGAAAAAACUCAAAGAGUACAAAACCAAAAUCGAUGAGUUGUAUUCACAAGCAGCCUUCAGGAAAUCGUCAUCUGUGGAAUCAUCUGAUCUGGAUUUGGCUAUUCAAGAAGAAAUGAAAUCUCAACUGAAGCAACUGGAAGAGAAGCUUACCGAGGCUAAAAAGCUUACAGAUACGCAGUCGUUAGAAAAGGAGAAUUUAUUGAAGAGGAUUGAUGUGUUGACAGCUGGAAAUGAGAGAAUGGCCGAAAUGAAGGAACGUCAAGACAAUGAUGUUGUAAUGUAUAAAUCUCGUGUUCGUGAAUUGACAGAGAAAAUUAAAGGUCUUGAAGAAUGGAGUGCUUCUGCAGCUACUUCAGAAGCCGCUCCACCCGUAGCAGCAGAAGGUACUAGCCCAUCUACAGUUGCAGUACAUGAACUAGAAAAGUCUAAUCAAUUGUUAGAGAAGAAAAUAGAAGAGCUACUAUCAGAAAUCGAUGAUAUAUCUGGCGAUCGUACAGAAUUGCAAGCUCUCUUGGAUGAAGAGAAAACCAAUGUCCAACGAGCUGAACAAGCAGUGAAAACUUUGAAUGAAAAUAUAACCCGUUUAGAGAAUUCGGCUGGUUCCGAAAGUGCUGAUCAUAAAUUCCAAUUCAAUGAAAUCAAACUUGAGAAUCAGAAUUUGAAAUCUCAACUAACUGAUGCUCAGGGUGUUUUAACAAGAGAGAAGAAAGAGCGACAAGAGGAAACUAAACGACUGGAAAAACAAAAUCAAGAGCUUAGUAAUGAAGUAGAAAAACUUAAACUGGUAUCAGGAAAAGCAAGUGAGCUGGAAACAAAGUUAGAACGAAUUUCUGAAGAAAAACAAAAUUUAAUUCAAGAACUUGAAGAACUAAGAGUUGAACUUUCAUUCACCCCAAAACCGUUGAGUGCUUCUGAUGAACUUCAACAACAACUUGUUCGUUUGCAAUGCGAUUUGGAAUCGGUUGUAAUGCAAAAUCAAGAUUUAGGCAGAGAAGUUGAUCGUUUAAGAGCCGAAUCAGUUAAAUUGAACGAAACAAAUCAACAACUUUUACAAGAAAUCAAUUCAACAAAGCUUCAGCAGUCGUUUAAUGCUACCAGUGAUGAUAAAUCCAUCGAUCUUACAUCUGAAGUAAAUCGUCUACAAUUAGAGCUUCAAGCUUUGAAACAAACAAAUGAAGAAUUAUCAACUGAAAUUAAUAGAAUGCAAUUACAGUCAACAUUCAAUGUAGCAGGAAGUGGAUUUGCCGAAACAGAAAAGCUUUCGAGUGAAGUAAAUCGUUUGAAUACUGAACUUCAAACGGUAACUAAUAAAAAUGAAGAACUUACUCAAGAAAUAGCCCAAUUGCGUCUUGACUUAUCCGAAAAAGAAUCACUACAAAGUGAAAUCAGUCGACUUACCAAUGAAAAUCAAUCUCUAAACAGUCAAAUUGGUCGAUUCAAAUUGGAAUCUUCAUCAUCGAAUCAACUCAAUGACCUCGAGGAGCAAAUUCAAGAAAAAGACUCUGAAAUAAUGCAUCUUAAACAACGAAUUGAAGACUUAAUGAGGGAAGAUCAAACUGAAAAACUUGUCUUGGAGAUUUUAACUAAAAAUCAAGAAAUCCAUAUGUUGAAGAUGCAAGUUAAGAAUUUAGAAGAUGACAAAUUAGAACUUGAUCAUAAUUUGUCCAUGCAAAUAACUCAAGAAAUGAAUGCAAAACGAGUUGAUGAUUCAGCAGAGAAAAUCCAACAAUUACAAGAAGAAUUGGAAAAUAUGCGUAUCGAAAAAGGACACAUGGAAGAGGAGUUACAAGUACUCAAUAAUCAUGUGAUGACAAGUUUGGAAAAUGAAGAAAAAAUGAAAGCUGUUGUCCUCGAGUUGGAUACGAAAAAUAUUGAAAUUGCUGAACUUAGAAGGUCUCUGGGUACUGUCGGUAAUCAGAAGCCUUCUGCCGAUGCACCAUCAAAUGCCCAAUGGGAAGCUGUAAUCGAACAGCGAUGUGGUGAGAUUGCAGAAAUGUGGAGGGCACAUUUGGACACUCGAGAAAAAGAAUUCAUUGCAACUGAGAACAAACUCAAGCAACAAAUUGAAGCUCUACAAACGACAGGACGGGUAUCACCACCACCUCCCUCCCAGCAGCAAAAUUACCCAACAGACGAUAUCAGUUCUGCGUCAUCAUCCAAAGAUUCAACUCCUGAUCCAGAUUUAAUACAAAAAAUGCAACAGGCUCUUGAAAAUCAAGAAGUUGAAAUUGUCACUCUUAAAGAGCAAUUAGCUAUCAGAUCGGCCGAAUAUGCCAGAUUAGCGGCUCAAUUUGAUCCCUACAAAAUGCAAUCAACAAUGUCUCAUAGUAGUGGAUUCAGUUCGGAUGGACAGAGACCACAACCGGCAUUACAAGCUUCUCAAGUACCAAAAUCUGAACUUGAUUUGGCUCUGUAUAUGUUGCAUCAAAGAGAUAUGCGUUGCGAGGAACUCACUCUGGAGCUGGUACAUCUCUUAGAGGAGCGUGAUACAUUACAAUUGAAGUUGUCGAAUACCUUGCGACAAAUGGAAGCUAUUAAAACAACACAAAGUGGUUCAGAACCUUCCCAAGGAGAUUUGACAACGCCAGCCGAAAGUCCAGAAAAACCCCAGUUAUCACCACCCGCAGUUUCGCAAUUACCAGAAUCGGAUGAGCUGCAUCAAAAAUUAUCACAACUCCAUUCGGUGAGUCAUUCCAAGCGCUUCCAGGAAGAACGAGAUAUGCGCCAACGACAAAUGGAGCAAAUUCAACAAGAUGUAGCUAAGAUGCCAUCGGAAGCUCUAUCCGAAUUAGUUGGCAGUGAUUUAUCUCAAUCAAAUCAAUCACCAUCUUCAGUACUUCUCAAUUGGCUAUGGGGCAAACCAAGUGGUGGUGGACAAAGUUAAUAUAUGCAAUUAAUCUCCCAUGUUGAUCAUGUGGAGAACAAAUUACUAACAAAAAGUUCCAACGAAAGUACUAAAAGCUUCAAACUAUCAACAAAAUUGAUGCAGCUAACAACACCAAGCACUCAGUGGUGCUAUUAAAAUUCUAAAAAAGAUAUUAAUAAAAAUUAAGUAAAUGUUCUCUUUUUCUGUUUUUGUUACAAUUUAUAAUUUUUGUCGUAUUUACAACUUAGUUGAAAAUGCAUCCUUAAAUGGCACCUUAAUCUUUUGUUUUUUUUUUUUUACUCUAAGACUUUUGUAAAUAAAAAAAAAUUGGAAUUUAAAAGAAUUAAUAUACCUAAAACAAAAAAAAUAAAAAUUUUAAAAAUACAAAUCUUAAAUAAAAUUGGAAUGUAUCAAUAAAACACACAUUUAAAAAAAAAAUAGUUUAAAAAGCAUUUGUGCCCUAGUAUAACAUAAUAAAUAGUCGUAGACAAAUACAUAAAUAAAAAUAUUAUGAAAUAAAAUAAAAACAUGUUUGUGAAAUAUA